AUGAGUACAUUACCAGACAUCGACAAGAUCGACGACAUCGUGGAGAUGGCAAGCACAAUGGCGACACUAAAAAUUCCGUCCAAAGGGCUGAAAACGUUGGACGAAAUGAAAGCAAAAGUGAAAGAGACACUCCAGUCGUCAGAGAAGAAGUCAAGUUGGACGGCAAAGGAGGUGAGAACUCUACAAUAUCUUUUAAAAAUACGGGCUACUAGCAAACUCAAUUUCACGACAUUUUCAGUACAAUGGCGGAAGUAUCUAGAUGUGACCCUUAAUAAAUGGUAGACGCAAACCAUAUCGUGAAAUUCAGUAACAAAUUGGUUAAUAGCUCUCUCGAUUCUAACUUAGCCAUCGUUUGCGAUUUAAUCCCAUGGCAAUCUAUUCAAUGAUGGCAUCUCAGAAAUGAAUAGUAAAAGAAGAAACCGUAUUUCCAUGGACGGAAAUCGUAGCAUUCACCCGCCAAAUGUUUCCCUAAGUUCAAACCUAGCAGUACGUAGAGCAAUAUAAAAGGCGGCUAAUUACUUAUUGAUACUUCCAUAAACGAUUCUUACAACUAAGUUAACAAAAUGAUUGAAAAUAAGAAAUUGUAAAGUUUUGCUUCCACAGUCAGAGGUUAUCAUGCAUACUAUUGUUCGUAAUUUAGGAAGCUUGAUUGAACAACGAUCGAGUCUCGAGGGUUCAAGUUGACGGCUCUUAGAACAUCGAGGAUUGAUAAAUUUUGGGAAAAUCUGCUUCAAUUUUGCUUUUUCCUUGUGCUUAGUGGUUGUAAUUCAAAAGCAUUUUAAACAUUUGGGAAAAUGUUGACGAUUGUAUCAGGUUUACAUUUCUUUAUUUUCUUAGAAAUGCUUGCGUAAUUUCUGUAAAAUAAAUGACCACGAACUUAAAGCCUGGAGUGACCUGAUGCUUUUCUACGGUAAAAGGAAGCCACAAAUAUGUUCUACUAUUCGAAAUUUUCCGCGAGGAGUUGGAGUUCUUUCCUGCUGUGGCUAAACAUCAAAAUUUGCUUUUGAUCACAUAAUACAUGCAUAUUUACAUAUGUAAUCAUGGGUAACGUACCGCAAACAAUAGCCUAUCGAUGGGUGCAUUGCGGUAGUUUUUGAGCUUAAACCAGCCUAAUGAAUCUAUUACCUAGAUUAAGCUGCGCUCAGAACAGCGAUGUGUAUCUAGAAGUGAUGUUAUUAUUAGCAAGAAUUUCCAAAAUGACUGUAAAACGGUUAAAUUAACGAAUUAGACCGAAAAGUAAUCUUUAAUUUACACAGGCGAAUGUUGAUGCACAGCAUUUGUUUCAUUUUGUGCCAUUUAUCAGGCCUUUUCAGUGUUGACGGAGGCAAAGAAAGAAGACGAGAGAAAACGAGCAACCUUGUUCAGUUUCUACGAACGCACGGAUGUUUGCUUGCAAAGUAUGGAUGGAAAAGUUCAUGCCCUUUUGGAACAGAACAUCGGAAACCUCAAAGAAAAAAUCGCUUCCCACAAACAAAAUCUGCUGAAAAGAGAGUACAUUGUUCUUGUUGCAGGUUUGUUAUAUGUAAACAAUUUGACUGCCAUUGCUUUGAAAUUUUUAGUUUCGCCAACUUCCUCAACCAAUAGACUUGAAUUCAAGACUAACAAAGAAAAAAAGGCUUCGUUCAGCUAUUAUACUAAUCCAGCCUCAACUAAUAAGAAAGCUAGUGAUCGAGCCAUAAAGUAAAUUAAAAGUAUAUUUCUUUGAGGGAAUUACUUUCAGUAUAUUUCAUCCUUCCUUAAUUGUGCUUUCGUGUAAUAUACUCCCUUAAGUAAUAUUAACUGUUUACACCCUAAGAUCAGUUUGCAUAUUCCCCAUACUGUUCUUUAUACAUUUCCUAAGGUACUGACAAGGAGACUUUGUUUAACAAUCACGAGCUCCUUUACUUGAUGAUCAUUUCCUCAAUUCCCAUGACCUGAAUAUGUGAAUCAGAGGUGAUCUUGUAAGGAGAAAUUAGAUGUUUGUCACUCUUAGGGGUUAAAGGGUUAACAGUGGGAACUUUAUUGCUAAUAUCUUCUAAUCAAACUUGAUAAUCACACGAAUACUUUUUCAAUUCUACGGAAACCCUGAAUCUCACAACAUUUAACUUUUAUUGAUGGACUAAAGAUUACUCAUUUAUUUAUUCACAAAUUUUCAAUUAUCCAAUUUGCUACUUGGUUCUUGUAUGUCAUAAGGGGCUCCACUGACCUGUCCUUUCACCUCACAACUUUUCCCAAACAUCCUACUCUUAGUACACAGGCCCCCCCAUUCAAACCAGGUUGUAGCUGAACUUGGCCAGCCUGGUUGAUAAUUAAAUACAACACACUUAUGAAAAAAUGAGUGGACAAAGUGGGAGUCUGCUGGUCCAGACCAACUAAGACUAUUUUUGAUAGUUCCUUUAAAGGAAGUCUGUCUUUUGAACGUGGCACAUAGUAUGGCCAACCUCGAGCUGCUAUCUGGGUGAAAGCUAUAUAAUUGUGGACAGCAAGAGGAACAGUUUUUUAUGAAAACAAAUUAGAAGAAGAAAGGAAAUUUUGUUUGGGAUUUCUGAUGGAAACGACCGGGGAAGAAGAUUCUCUUGUUCGACGUAACUGAAGUAGAAUCGACCCAUUCUUACCAAUGUUUUUUAUUUCUUCCCUCCCUAUUUCACCUGUUUAUACUUACCAGGCGAAACAAGUUCAGGAAAGAGCACUUUGUUAAAUCUUAUCCUUGGAGAGCAGCUUCUUCCUUACUCCGUUCUGAGUACCACAUCCACCAUCUGUGAACUAAGAUAUGGAGAAACACCAAAGCUGGUGGCGCACUUUAAAAACAAAGAAUUAGGGGAUAUCACAAAGACUGUCGUCUUAGACGAGCCAUCUGAAGCCUCCGAGCAGAGUUACCUUCAACAGAUUUCCGAAUUCGUCCACCUAAAGACUAACAGAGAAAAGGGCUCAGAUUACGAAAAGAUUGAGUUGUUUUGGCCACACAAUCUGUUGAAGGUUAGACAUGAGCAAGCUCAGUAACUAUUCGGGGUCUUAGAACUGACCUUUAGAAACAUAAUAUUGAUGUCAGCAAGCUUAAGAAUGUUCGUGCAUGAAUAUAUUUUACGAUAUAAAACUGUCUUUUAUAUUCCUUUAUGAUUGAAAUUGAUAUUAGGGAUGUUAGAGAAAUUUAAGGACUCCAAAUUUCUAACUUUUCCCAAAUCAUUUGCCAUACUGCAUAGUAACUGCUUGCACACGUUGUUAUUUGGAAUUCUACCUGGUUUUUGUUGCUGUUUUGUCACAAGAACUGAUUGUUGACAUCUCAAUUGGUUGUUGUCAUCUCAAAUGAAUAGUUGCACACAUCUCUUUUGAUGUAUCCUUAUUACGGUCACUAAUAAAUGAGUAACAGCAGUAUUGACUGAAAGUCACGUCCGACUAAAUUCUGAUGAUUAAUUCGGUUAAGGAUGUCAAAAUGUCACUUAAUAGGAACAGAUAUAGAGGACAUUAGAUUGAGAGUUGAGAGUAAUCCGGACUUAAUCUCGCUCUGUGAUUGGUCCAGAAAACUCAUGCUAAUUCAUCAAUCAUGCACAUUCAAAACCAAAGCCAACCGCAACUGACUCGCGCUUUCCCCUGCAAAGAGUUGUUCGCUUGUUUUUUCUUUGAGCUAAUUCUCUAAUUGGUUGUUGUGAUUACUUUUGAGUUUGGUCUUAUGACAACAAAUCGAAACGCACUCUAGAGAGGGAUACUCAAGGACAAUAUUUUCCUUCAAUGAAUGUGAAUAUAUGAAAAUCAUGUAUGUGAUCUGCGGAUUAAGAAAUGAAAAUGAAAGGGAUUUUCGCAGUAAUGAACACUUCUUAAGCAGUGGUGAAAAUAUGGCCUCAAGAAAAUUCAGGCCUGUACGGGAUUUCAAGAUUGAAGAUCGAAGCAAAGAUCGCUUUCAUAUUCAAUAUUUUGCUUGUUACAUCUUUUAGGAAAAUAUCGUAAUAGUCGACAGUCCAGGAAUUGGCGAAUCUACCAUCAUGGAUGACAUAGUUAAGGAGUACCUUCCAGAGGCUUUCGCAUUUAUUUACGUCAUCAAAAGUGACAACGCCGGUGGAAUACAGCGAGAUAGGGUAAGCCGGACACUUUAAAAUGCGAAAUGCAUUGACUUCUUAUUGCAAAAAUAAUUAAAGGAAAAAUGUGCUGCAAAACUCGUAUCAUUUUUUGAAUCCUUUAUUUUAAAGAUGUGUGAGAGUAACUUAAUUGUUCGAAAAUUUUCGUCAAAUGUGCCAGAAGAAGGAACUUAGCGAACAUGAGUUGCUCCUGCAUAGUGGUUACGCGAGGCAUUAAUAACCGUUUCAAAAAAGGGAAAUUACUGAACUAGCCAGAAAAAGUCGACAGAUAGCUGAUUCUGUCUCUUUGCCUUCAGGUGGAAAAACUUAUUGAACACGCCAGACAGAUAUCCCUUGACAAACAAAGGGAAUCUUCCUCAAAUUGUGCCCUAUUCGUUUGCAACAAGUGGGACCAGGUGCCGCCAGAAGAAACUGAUGAAGUUAAGAACUAUGUCGUGACGAAACUCACGCAGUGCUGGCCUUCUUUAGAUCCAGAAUCUCAGAUCAUUUAUAUGUCAGCCAGAGAAGCCAUUGAAGCUCAGAAGCUUGGAAUGGUCACGAAAGAGUUUGCUGAACUAAUGAAAAGUAUUAAGUCCAUGGUUUUGAAAAGUAUUGAAGCAAGAUUACAGAUUCAGUGGAGGUAAAUUGUUUUGAAUCCUUAGCAACAAAAUGAUUAUUGAAGAAGUGGCAUCUGUUGGAAAUGUCUUUUGGGUUCUGAGAAUAGGAAUGAAAAAAAUUUUCAUUCUGAUUGGCUGCGUGAAAUGCAUUUUUCAGGAAACAAAAAAGCAUAAGCCGAAGGUAAUUAAGUGCAUAAAAUGUUAACUUAGUGCGAAAAAAGCCAAGAAACUGUUCAUCCUGGCCAUGCUUUGCAUGAAUAAAUAUAGUGACGAAGUAUAAAAGUCAAUUGAAAAAUUUCCUUCAUUCUUAGGUGGCUUGACUAUCUUCUUGCUCGUAUGGCCCUCCACACGAAAGCGUUCAUUCGAAAUUCGUCCAAAGAUCGUAAAAAUAUGAUAGAUAGGAUGAUGUUUAUCACUGACCGACUUCAAAGUAUUGAGAGGCAGCAAGGCACAGUAAGCAAAGAGCUGCAGUCGUAUCUCGAAAAAAAGACAGACGACGCUGUGACUACACUGUCCAGAUACCUCAAGUCUGCAGAGGUUAUGCAGCAGUUUUCUUCGUGGACAUUAGAUGACGCUCCAAAGACUGAAGAAAACUGGGAACUGACUAGGAAUUAUAUCCAAAAGGCGCUGACGAAUCGACUUCAAGAAACGAUAGAAGAAUGGGAAGAAAAGAACCAAGUCUUUUCCGAUGCUCGCGCCUCUUUGAUUCAAUACUUUCAAGAGAGGUUCAGCUACGUCGUGGGUCAACUUCGAACGCUGGAGGAAUCUGUCCUAGCCGGAGAUGCUGCCAACUCAGCAGGUGGCCCGCUGGCAUCGGAUGACUUUAGCGUCGCCGAAAAAGUCAUCAUCGGGGUCACAAGUCCAAUUUGGGUUCCAGUUGGUCUGGUUGUCCUGGUGGUCAGUGUCCCGGUAGUUGGCGCCAUAGCAGUUAAAGAGAAGUUGGGAAACUGGAAUAAAACAAGACAGUACAACAAAGAUAAGUGUGCCUUUAUGGUAAAAGCUUCCCAAGAAUAUCUGAAUGAAGCAGCAAAAGAACAGCAACUAAAGUCAUUCGUGAUGGAACAGCUUAAAGAAGCUCAGGUUUGUCUUAAGCAGGUCUUAGAUCGGAUCCCUCAGCUCAUAGAAGCGGACAAAAUGUUGUGUCAACAGUUGAGAGAUGAGAACCGUUCUAAGAAGGAAGUAGAAGACUUCUACAAACCGUUACAAGAGAUGAGUGUGCUAAUAAGGGAUGAGAUGGCCCUGUUUGGCAUCAAAGAGGUCCGCAAAAUGGACAUUAGCUGCGACGAUCUGGAGUGGAAAGACGAUGCACUCCUUGGAGGUGGAGCGUUCGCUGCUGUUUAUCGAGGAAAAUUGAAGAUACGAGGAGACGAUAAAUCCGUUGAUGUUGCUGUGAAAGUGUGGAACGACGAACUCGAAGUUACUGUUAGUAACUUCCUUUCUGAAGCAGAGAUACUUAGGUUGGUUUUGUCAUUUUAUGGAUCUUGAGAUGUUAUAUUGUUUACGAAAGAAAUUCCAUUUGCUAAGACCUUGGGGAAGUACUAAAUAUAUUCUGGCGGGUAGCUGAUGUGGUAUUUUCUUAAACGUAAGAUUCUUUUCUGUUCAAGAAGCUCAUAGUAAUAAGAGGAUUUAUUUUUAUUACAUGAUGUCUUUCUGAAGCUUUCAGAACACUCAGAAUCUAGAUAUAUUUUAGUGCACAUCGGGAUAUUAAUUAGGAAAAACCUUUAUAGUGAGAUAUAUCACCAUUCAUUUUCCCAACCGUACCGUUGGAACUCUUAAGUGGUACAAGUAUCUGAUUGCUCCUUACAUCAUCGCCACUGAAUCGAGCAUUAAGGUCAAGAGAAUAAGGGAAUGAUUGCAGUAUCAGAAAACGUUUCAGAUAACAGUAUAGAGAAUAUGCAUACUGUCUCAAAAGUUUAAGCUGUUUACGCUACAUUUUCUUUAUGUAGGAAGCUGAAUCAUCCCUUUAUUGUGAAGUUCUAUGGUGCAGCACUGCACAAGGUAGGGGAGCGGUUGAAAGCAAUACUGGUGAUGGAGCUCUGUAAGGAAAACCUGAUGAGGUACAUUUUUCGGCGUGAAAGCAAUAUACCUGGAAAGUCGUCAACUGCUACAGCUGCGAGAGAUGUGAUCGGAUGGGCAAAAGACAUCGCCGAUGCUUUGGAAUACAUUCACAGACAAGGUAUCGUUCACAGAGAUCUCAAGCUGGAAAAUAUACUGGUGAGUUAAAAAUUGGAACUAAUGGUUAUCGUGACUAUUUAUAAUUGUAAUCAUCUUCGUCCUUCGAGACUCAUCUCACACUUCAUCGAAUUCUAAUUUGCUCGCCUUCACCCAGUUUAUAUAUAUAUAUUCAUUUCUAGUCGGCCUUUCCUGACGACUACCAAUUUCUAAUUUGACUCAAUUUUUUUAACAGUCGAAAUCUAUGGACUUUUGUAUUAAAAAUGUGUCAAAAAAAUGUUUAUCUAAUUUUCCCGCAGCUGUCGCAAGAGAAUAUUGUCAAAGUAGCCGAUGUCGGUGUUUCUAAAGAAGCCAAAGCGAUCACAGGUACCUUGGCGGGAACUCCUGUGUAUCUCGCUCCAGAAGUGAUCAAUUCCUGUUUGUACGAUUACAAAGCAGACAUCUACAGCCUCGGUAUAAUGCUCUGGGAGAUGUGGUAUGGUAACAGAGCCCUUCUUGACGUGGGAGGAAAUGUGUAUGAGUUUUUCGAAAAAGUGGUUGGGGGUGCGAGACCUACGCAUGUCGAAGGCUUAAAGAAGCCUCCAGCUGGUUUGCAUGAUCUGAUGCAGCGUUGCUGGGAAGAAAAACCUGAUAAUCGACCAGAUGCGAGAAAGUGUUGCGAGAGGUUGACUCAACUCUCUCAGGAAGUUAGCGCACCAUCUUCGUAAACACUGGUUAUUAGGCAACCACCUUGAAUUUGUUUACUUUUCAAGUGUAGACUGUUUUGGAGCAACAGUGAUUUAAAGUGUUGUAAGAUAUCCCAUAUGACUCUUAUAGCAAACAUAUUAGCCUCACCCGCGCCAAGUUUCCCGUUUCAAACUUAGUUCGUACAUCAUAGAAACCUAUUCUGGUCUCAGUCAGUACUAAGGACUUCUAUCGAGAUCAGUGUCAUUUAAGAUGAUUCCGUGAGGCCUAAGCGCACAGAUGUAGAUGGCUCCUCUGCUGCUUUGUCUGUGAGACGAUCUUUUUUUACGGUACAGUGUUGUCAGUCCAUUGCCCUGCUCUUAGCCUAAAAGUGGCUUCGUUAGGCAUGAAAAUUAACGCAAGAAGUGUAUACCUGUGAAAUACAUAGAUUCUUACGCAGUGAGUUGACGGAAUGCAGGAGUGGUGCGUGGCAGUUCUCUAAAUCUCUGCAGGAUGAUUGUUAUAAUAUGUAUACAAUCUUUAAGUCCUGGUGUUCUCUAGAUCUUGCAAGCAAAAAAGAGACUACCGAAAGUCUUAAUCAAGCGACCGUUCUCUUAUGUUAAAAAGGCAUAGUACAGUCAUAUUGUCAUAGUAUCGUUAACUGAUACAAACAUACAAUAGUUUCAAUGAUGUAGUAGAUUUCUUUUAAUAAGAGCUGGCUAUCAUGAGUAUUAAUCUCCUUAGGACCUAUUUUUUGGGGCUUUUGACAAAUAGUUGGCUUGUUACUAUUUUGAACGAGGAACAAGAACAAUAUUCUGAAGGCGAAUAUUGUUCUGUCAGCUUGUAUGAAAGCUUUUACCGGAUUUUAGAGUCAGUUUCACCAUCUGGUGUAAGACACUUGUAAUCGUUUACUCCUAGAAAAUUUCGUAUAAAGCAUUAUGUUUUUUAAAUAUAUACAUAAAAUAUGAUGCAGGAAGGUCAGAAAUCUCCUAUCUACUUCUAAAUAAUCACAGAAAUAGAGUUGUAAGCACAAAAAGGGUCAAAUGACGUGCACAGAAGCUCCCUUGCAAGUAAUUUCAAUACUGAGCAGCGUACAUUUUCAUGACGAAAUUAUGUGAUUAAACUCGGGAAGAGAAAACAAAGUCCCAUCAUUUUCAAUUAAGAAUUGAUAAACGAAGCAUUUACGAAGAUAAUUAGACUUACAUGUUUCUUAAGAUCGCAGACUGUAAAGGUCAAAUAGAGACGUAAUCCAGUUAUUUCUUCCAUCGAUCUUCCAACACCUUUUACUUAUAAUUUGAACUCUAUGGAUGAAAAAGUAGGAGCCCUUUUGGAACAGGACGGAACAGGAGAUCUCAAGGGCAAAAUCGUUUCUUACAAACGGAAUCUAAAAACGGAAGAAUGUAUGGUGUCCAUUAACCACCGUAGUUCCCUCAGCGAGGGGAGGAGCGCAUAUUAGAACGAGGGCACUUAAUCGAGGAAGGAAGAGGGGGCUUAUUAAGUUAGGGCAGAAAAAGGACAAAAAUCAAAAGAGUAAAUGACGCACAUAAAGGAACUCUGCACGCAAAUGGAGAUAGAAAUGGUUGGAACGGC